AUGGACCAGCCAACUCAUGAAGACAAUGUGAUGCUAGAUGAGCCAGCUGCUGAAGAUGUCUUAACCAUACCAGAAGGUCCUAUUACUCGUUCAAGGAGUAGACAACUCAAGAAAGCCAUUGGAGGAUUACUCAUGAUAGCCUGGAAGCAAGAAGAAGGUACUAUGGCUGGAGAUGAAGAAGAGGAUGCAGGUGUUAGUCUAGAGCAUAAAGCUUUGCUUGAAGCUUUAACUCGCCGUAUGCACACUAUGAUGGAAACAAGAUUGGGUACCUUCCGCGAAGAGCUUGAUGCUCAGUCUUCAGAACCUAGACGUGAUCCAAGGCAGAACCGACGAGAACCGGCUAGAAGAGAGCAUGAUGGUUCAGAAGAGACUGACAACUACUAUGAAAGAGAACGGCACAGCUCAGACUCUAGACACAGCAGCCGUAGCAACCGAAGGCACAGGCGUGAGCAUCGUCCACGCAAUGAACUAGCUGGAUUGAAGCUAAAAAUCCCUCCUUUCCAUGGCAAGGCUGAUCCAGAUGCUUAUCUUGAGUGGGAGAAGAAGAUUGAGCUAGUUUUCAACUGUCAACACUACACUGAGCUUAAGAAGAUUCAAGUGGCUGCUACUGAAUUCUAUGAUUAUGCCUUGAGCUGGUGGGAUCAGUUGGUUACAAACAAAAGGCGUAAUGGUGAGUACCCUAUUGAGACUUGGGCUGAGAUGAAAGCUGUGAUGCGCAGGAGGUUUGUGCCAAACCAUUACCAUCGUGAUCUCCAUCAAAGACUAAGAAAGCUCACACAAGGAUCACGAUCAGUAGAAGAGUACUUCCAAGAGAUGGAGUUGUUGAUGUUGAGAGCUUGCAUAUCAGAAGAUAGAGAGGCUACUAUGGCUCGGUUCCUUGGAGGACUUAACCGUGAGAUACAAGACAAUGUAGAGAUGCAACACUAUGUUGAGCUAGAAGAGAUGCUACACAAAGCGAUUCUGGUGGAGCAGCAAGUUAAGAGAAAGCAUCAGUCACGAGGAAGCUAUGGCACCAGCAAGUAUCAGCAGGCUAAAGAUGAGAAACCAGCUUAUCAUAAGGAUAAUAAGCUUCAGCCAAAAGAAGAUACCAAGCCAGGCAGUACUAACAGCAAAGACAAAUGGAAAACUGAAGCUACUUCUUCACGAGCCAGGGAUGUCAAGUGUUUCAAAUGUCAAGGGCGUGGUCACUAUGCUAAUGAGUGCACUAACAAGCGAGUCAUGAUCCUCUUGGACAAUGGAGAGUAUGAAUCUCAGGAUGAGAAGCUUGAGGAUGAUCAGGAGCUUUCAGAUGAAGAGUAUGAAGAAGAACCAGUUCAGGGAAGAUUGUUGGUUGCAAGAAGGACUCUCAGCUUGCAAAAUAAAACCGUAGAGCUUGAGCAGAGAGAGAACUUGUUCUACACACGCUGCAUGGUUCAAGGGAAGAUAUGUAGCCUAAUCAUUGAUGGUGGGAGCUGUGUUAAUGUUGCUAGUGAGACCAUGGUGAAGAAGCUUGGAUUAGAAACUCAGAAACAUCCUAAACCUUACCGGCUGCAGUGGCUUAAUGAAAAGGGUGAGAUGAGAGUAUCCACACAAGUCUCUGUACCAUUCUCCAUUGGUAGGUAUGAAGAUGAGAUUAUAUGUGAUGUGAUACCAAUGGAAGCAAGUCACAUCUUGCUUGGUAGGCCGUGGCAAUUUGAUAGAAAAGUCACACAUGAUGGCUUUGCAAAUAAGCAUUCUUUUGAGUUCAAUGGUAGGAAGACUACUCUGGUGCCUCUGACUCCUAAGGAAGUGCAUCAAGAUCAGUUGCAGCUUCAAAAGAAGAAAGAAAUCGAUCUCAAACCAGAGAAGAACAAGCAGCACAACUUCUAUGCCAAAUCUGGUGAUAUCAAAAGAUCUCUUCACUCUAACCAGCCUGUUCUAUUGCUUGUUUUUAAAGAAAUUCUUUUGAAUCUAACUGAGUGUACACCGGUGUAUCCGAGUGAGAUGUUAGCUCUUUUACAGGAAUUUGGAGAUGUAUUUCCAGAAGAUAAUCCCAUAGGUCUACCACCUAUCCGUGGGAUUGAGCAUCAGAUUGAUUUUGUGCCAGGAGCUACUCUUCCUAACAGACCAGCAUACAGAACUAAUCCAGUGGAGACUAAGGAGCUACAAAGACAGGUUGAGGAGUUGAUGGAGAAAGGCCACAUCCGUGAGAGCAUGAGUCCUUGUGCUGUACCAGUGCUCCUUGUACCCAAGAAGGAUGGAAGCUGGCGCAUAUGGAGUAAAGGUGGACCAGGAGAAGGAAUUGGUAUUGGUGCUGUGCUUAUGCAGGAAAGAAGACCCAUAGCAUACUUCAGUGAAAAACUUGGAGGAGCAACUCUCAACUAUGCUACCUACGACAAGGAACUCUAUGCUUUAGUAAGGGCUUUGCAGACCUGGCAACACUAUCUAUGGCCCAAGGAGUUUGUCAUACACACUGAUCAUGAAUCUCUCAAGUACCUCAAGGGCCAGAAUAAGCUCAGCAAGAGACAUGCAAGAUGGGUCGAGUUCAUUGAAACCUUUCCUUAU